UAACACAGACCACAUUCACUUUUGUCUCAGACACACCGCGGCCGCCGUCCACUCUACAACUCCACCACGACAAAUAGUGAACACAGCCAUGUUGAAGCUCUGGGUGGGGUUGGGCUGCCUGCUGGUGGUCACCGCCCAACGUCCUGACUUCGACUACGUCUUUGAUUACGUCGACUCUCCUAACUUCCAGCCCCUACCACAGCAACAGGCAUCACGGCCACCACCAACACGAGCAGCACCAGCACGACCAGCAGCAGCAAGGGCCACACGACCACCUCCAUCCCCUGCUCAGCUUCCUCAUAUAAACCAGCAGGCGGUGGCAGGAGGCAGACCAACGGGGAAUCAAGGUCCCACCACCACACCCGUCCCUAUCCUGGUGGACGAACGCAGAAUCGACCCCCAGACGGGGGCGUUCGUGUACGAGUACGCGGGCGCUGAUGGCUCGACCAAGCAUGAGACCCGUUACCCUAACGGCACCGUCAUAGGCAACUACUCCUUCAUCAACGAUCUCGGGGAGAGGGAGUCCCGUACAUACACUGCUGGCGUGCAAGACCCAAACCACAUCGACGAGACCACCGACCCAAACUACGUCGACCUGGGUAACUACGAUUUGUACAAGCACCUUGAGCAAGCCUACGUCCACGAGGGCGGUUCCUCCUCCUUCAGCGACCAGGUGUUGUCCAGACCUCCCCCUUCAGCUCCACGACCCAGAGCUCAGCCACGUCCACAACAAGCAGUACAACGACGUCCACAACAAGCAGUACAACGACGUCCACAACCAGUAUCUGCCGCCUCCCACUUUUCCCAGCCACCGUUACCGGUAGCUGGCCCAACAUUCGAUUAUGAAGACAUCGGUCAGGCCCCAGUACCCGUCCGGGCACCCCCUCCACCUCCACCACCUAGGAGUCGUCAGCGUACGGUGGCCCCAAGGCCGUUCCCCGGACCCAACCAUCGGCUCGACCUGUCCUCUACCGGUGGCCAGUCUGUCGACUCCUUCCUGGACAGCGUCAUCCAUCGGUUCCAGUAAUGGAUUACGCUCACCAACGUCCAUCAUAACCAUCAAACGCCAGCGUAUGUAAUAAGUAGCGUCUGGCGUUCACCUGCACCGCACAAUGACACGAAUACGAAACUACACCUGGAGAAACAUUCUCCCACUUCCUGUCAGCGGUAAUAAUUCUUGUGGUACGACCAGUAGACGUGUGAAGCCCGGGGAGUACACAACAACAACACUUAUACACCAAGGAAGAAAACACUGUGUUGCCCGCUAGUAUUAUUUAAAGACAUUCCAUCCCCCGGACUGCCACGUUGUAUUUGUUACUGUUUGUUGACUUGUAAUGUUGUUACUACUACUACACUUGUGCCUGUGUGGCCACCAAUAAAUAUCUGUCCCAUCCCA